AUGCGGUCGCGAGGGGGCUGGGGACAUAGCUCGGCGCUGCUGGGCUGUCUACUGCUGCAGCUCGUUGGCCAGAAAACAGAGGCCGCAAGCGCCCACUACUCUCUCAACUUGACGGGCAUCGCGUCGGGCACAGCGUACACGCUCUCAGUGAACAUUGGCACGCUGGACGACUCGGGAUCACAGAGUGGAAGUAACGCCUUCCGGUUGAUUGCAGACACAGGCUCGUCGAAUGACGCAGUGCUUGGAUCUGAAUGUUGCGGACCCAAAGCUCUGGUGACCUACUCGUGUGAGGCGUCGUCGACGUGCGCUAAAGCUGAGGGAGACGCGGUCACUUUGGCGUUUGCAGGAGCCAACAUCGAUCCCGCGUGUUUGGCUUACCGCGCUGCGACGGCACGAGGUGACUGGGGCAACAUUCCGACGACUUCAACAGACUCCAAGCGUUGA